AUGACCGAGUGCCAGCGUUUGAUCUCAGUUUCCCUCGGUAAGAUAGCGGCGUCUCGCAGCAACCGAAGCGGAAUCAAUCUUCACAAGAACCUGAUGGUUUCUUGUGUACUGAACCGGGCUCGGACGGCCUUUUACGAGGAGAGUCUGGCAUGGUACAACAGCCGACACACAAUGUACGAACCUCCGGUGAUGGAUUACCGAGACACCAGUGGCAGUGGGUACGAUUCGGAUACAGACAUGUCGGAAUGCGAGUCAUCGGCGGUUAGCACCAACAGUGCAGUUAACGCGCACUGUACCAGCCCCACAGCAUCGGAUUACACUACCACCACGUGCUCGCCCGCCGCGCAUUCGCCCUACCACGAAACCGAGAACAAGGAGAACGUGCAUCCGAGCUGCCACAACGUCGUACCGGAUCAACAUUACAUCGUCACCAAACCCGCAGAAAAAGUAGACACAUUUGACUGUGAUAGCGACCCAAGCGAAUCGCACAAAAAAUCAUACACAGUGCUGACGUCACCGACCAAACGCAAGCUGUCCGAGGUAGAAGCGGCGGUCGAGAGUAUCCAGCCGAAGCGGCAGAAAUGCUCCGAUUGCUUCGACGCGGACUGUAGCCACGCGGAGAGUCCACAGACGGAGCAGAUCUCAACGUUAGUGAACUAUCUCAACUCUGGUUUCACCAGUCUGCUCACGGUAUCGGACAUUUCGACUUCGAGUAGUUCUUCUUGCUCUAGCGUCAACGAGCAAAGGGGAAGCUGCUGGUCGGCCACUCAAGGGCGACCUCUACUGGACAGCUUCGAGUCGGUCUCCCCACCAGUCAUCGUGAUGACAGUGUGA